AUGAGCGAAGGUGGCAGGUCUGGGCGGGAGAUGCCGAAUUGCGUGGAGUGGAGCACCGGCGAGUACGACGCGCAAGGAGGAUACACCGCCACCACAAUCCGCAUCGAGACAUGCGGCUCCGACGCCGGCAGUAGCAGGCGCAGCAGCAGAAAGACCACAAGCACAGUCCGCCGCCGCAAGAAAAAGAAACUGAUGCAGCAGCACCAGCAGAUGUGGUUCGCCACCGCCGAGGAAGAUUUCUUCCCGCCGACCACCACGCGGCAGGCAUCAUCAUCGGCGGGAAAGGCACGCUGUGCGGUCAAGACGCCGUUCGCCACUAGCUCCGCUGGAGCACCGUACAAUAAGAAACUUCGUAAGAAGAACAUGCAGAGACAGCCGAACCACCUCUCAUUUGGUGCCACGAUGGCAACAGCAACACCCACAACAACGGCAACGGCGACGACAACCGUUGAAGCGGAGCGGAGCUCGCCAUCCUUCUUUAUCUCCGCAAUGCACCGCGCUGUGGCGGAGGCAACAACGCCAUGGGACACCACCGCCGGGCCGGGGUCAACGCGGUAUCAGUUCUUUGGUCAUGGUGGCCUCUCCGCAAAUGUUCCUCGCGCUGUGCUAGGAGGCAAACGUGGCACGAACAAUGAGGCUGACGACGACUGCCCACUGUCGACGAAUUCGCGGAAGCAUGAAAGAUCGGCUGUUGGAGGCGGAAGCUACGUGCUGGCGCCACUGCGAUCGCCCUCAGUGCUCCCGCCGCUUCAGUUGCUGCCCGCCAGCAAGGCAGAAGUCAACAGCGACGUGCUGGAGCGGUGUUUUUUAGAGGCACAAUUAGGCGAUGAUGACAACUUCUCGCUUUUGUAG